CUUGGAGACGCUGCACACUGAUGUGGGCUGUGUACACGCGGUGUGGCAGCACUGGGGCUGGGCUACGGUGGUGGUGCUGGGGCGUCCCGGGGUGGGCUGGGGGAUUGGGAACCUUGGGACGGAGCAGGGAGCACAUGGGAACACCUGGAUUCUCGGAUCCUGAGCUGGCCGUGGGUUUUCCUGUGCGCCCUGCGGGGCCGGAGGCUCUGGGCUGGCUCCUUGCUUCCCCCUGGGGCGGCCACGGCUUCCUGGUGGCGGGUUUGGGGCGCAGGCUGCUGGCUGGGGCUUUCUGUGAUGCGCUGCUGGGGCUGCAGAUGUCACAUCCCUGUCCCAACACCGUGCUGUUGAGCCGGUAGCUUUGCCCUGAGACCAUCGUGUCCCGCUGCUUAAUCUGCCCUGGGUUCUGGUGUGGUUUGAGGCUGAGAUUGGGCUGGAGGGAAAGAGGCUCCCAGUUCGGUUCCUGCCGUGGGAAACAGCAGCAAGGCCUGGCGCUGCCCCCUGCAGGUGGGUGCCGGGCUCAGAGCUCCGAGCCCACCUGGGUCCCCACCUCGGGGCGGGGCUGAGCUGCAGCUGCGCCAUUGUCGGGCAACUCCUGGGCCUGCCCUCGUCCCACUUCCCCACAGGGAUGCCCGUGGCUCUCCCAUGACUCACAUGCUGUCACCCGUGAGUCACUGCAGCAGCUGGGCAGGGGACACUGCGUGGGACAAUUCCCAACGUGCUGCCUGAAGCUGCGGCAGCAGCUGUUGUGCCUGGGAUGCUGUGGUGCUGCCCGUGCAGCUGCUGCUCACCCUGGGAUCGUGGUCAGAACAUGAGCAACAUUCCUGGUGAAGGAAAUUGCAUCGGACACGGUUGUGCAACUAUGGUGGCACUGACUGAAGAGGCUUGGGUGCUCACAUAGGGUAUGAACAGCCUGCAGGGCUGGGGGACAACCCGAGCUCUGGGGGCUCCAGCUGCAACUCCCAGGCUGACUCCAGAUGUUCAUACCCACGGUGCAGUGAUGUGCCCCUGACGAGGGGGUGGCAGUGUGUCCCACUUUGGCUGGGAUUGGUGGGAAUAGUGGGAGUAUGGACCCACAUCGCUCCUGCAGUCCCAUCCUUGUGCAUGGCCAGUAGCGCGGUUGCGCAGUGCCACGUUCACAGCUGUGUGUGCACUUUUCCAGCACAACCAGUCCCUCCCAGCAGAGCGAGGGAUGCAGGGAACCGGGAUGUGGCCCAACCGAGCCCACCUGGUGCCAGCAGCGGGGGAUGUGGGAUGCGGGUCCCUGGGAUUGCACUCACCCGUUGUCCCACUUCUCUCCCAGCACCUCCCCGAUCCUUUUCCAGCACUCUGCUCCCGCAGCUCUGGUUCCCUCUCCCGGUGUCCGCUCGCACUGCACGGCCGAACCCGCGGGGGCUGCCCGGGGGGGUUCAACACUGCCUGAUGGGGAGAUCUGGCCGUAGUCUCCACGUGUAUCACCAUGAGGAGCAGAGCUCUGCGUGUCAGCGCGUCCCACUGUCCCAAACCUCUGCUCCCACCCCGCUCGGUGCCAUCGCCACGUGGCAUCCUCCUGGUUUGAGGCAUGGGGACAUGGUGUGGUAGGGACACAGGGCGGGCACCGCUGAGAAGAGACAGAGGGCAGGGAUGAGGCCAGCAGGGCUGGGCUGAGUGCUGCCACGUGCCGCUGUGCCGGAUGCAUCCACGCCGGCAUCUGUGGGAAAGCCCCAGGGAGGGCCUGGCCCCUGCGGGCACCCAACAGGUCCUGGGUGCUGCGGUGGGUGCCUGACUCAUCCCGGAAGGGAUUAGGGACACGGAGACAUGGGUGAUGUUCCAGUCCAACCAGCCCAUCCACUCCAGGAUGGACAUUGGCGUCACAGGUCCCUGCUGCCCGCUGCCACUCACAAGGAAAGUGGACCCACCAUGGGACCUGCUGCCCCUGUUGGCCACGCUGCAAGGACCUGCAGAUGUCCUGGUGUCAGUGGGAGUCUCCCAGCCCGUGUCCACCUGCUGAGCGGUGCAACCCUGGGGAUGUGGCUGUGCCUCCUGCUCCUGAUGGCUGCCUGUGUGCCCACCUCUACCUCCAGCCCUGGUAUCAAGGGCCGGGUGACCCGGAGUGCUCUGGAGUACGGCCGACGCUUUGGGCUGGAUCUGCUCCGCUCGCUGCUGCAGAAGGAGCACGAUGUGAACCUACAGGGCUCCUACCGGGCCCCUUUCCUGGGGAGACUCAACUACACCGUGCCUCAGAUCCACAUCCACGAGCUGCAGAUGAACGACUCCACCGUGGACUUUGCUGAGGAUGUGGGCGUGCAGCUGACAGUGGAUCGUGCCCGGAUCCAGCUCAGUGCCACCUGGCGAGCACAGCUGGGUGCAUGGCAGGACAGCGGCUCACUGCAGCUGCGUAUCAGGGACCUGGCGGUGGCUGUGCUGCUGGGGCUGGGUGCUGAUGAGCAGGGCCAGCCCUCCAUGUGGGCUGCCGGCUGUGACGCCCGUGGCACCGACCUGCGUCUGGAGUUCCACCAGGGACAGAGCUGGCUGUACAACCUCCUGGUGCCGCUGCUCCAGAGAACCCUGAGGCAGCAGCUCAACAAGCAGCUCUGUGUCGAGAUCCAGAAGGGCAUCGGCAGGCUGCAGGACAGCCUGAAGAACGUGCGAGUGUCUGCUCAGCUUGACGCCUUUGCUGCCAUUGACCUCUCCUUGCUGGGACAGCCAGGAAUCACAAAGCAACAUGGGGACGUUGACCUCAAGGGAGAGUUCUUUGGGGUACGUGGGCAGUGGCAGAGCCCUUUCUCAGCACAGCCAGUGGAGCUGCCUGAGCUGCAGGAGCCCAUGCUGCUGGUGGCUGUCACCGAGUUCGUCGCCAACACUGCAGCCUUUGUGUACUUCACAGCCGGAGCUCUGCGCAGGAACAUCACCGCUGAGAUGCUCCCACGGCGCUUCCCCCUGAAGCUGAACACAGAGAGCAUGGGGAACUUCGCCCCACAGCUGCAGCAGCACUUCCCCAGCCGCCCUGUGGAGCUGCACCUCUGGGCCCGCCGGCAGCCCCUGCUCUCCUGCCAUCCCAACGCCCUGCAUGGGGCUUUCUUCGGCUCUGCUGAGGCCUUCGUGGUGCUGCCCAAUGCCACCCGAGUCCCUGCUUUUCUGCUGAACAUUGAUGCCAAUGUGACAGGGAAGCCAACCAUUGCUGGGAACAGGCUGGGGGGCACAGUGGGGCUGAAGAGCCUCAACGUGAUGCAGGUGAUGUCAUAUGUGGGCCCACUGCAGCUCUGCUAUCCCUGCAGAGCGGCUCCAUCCUGGCAUCCCGCUGCCCACCCCGCAUGGCAUCACCCUGCUGCACCCACGCCUGUCACUGCACAAGGGCUUCAUGCUCAUCACCACAGACCUGCAGUACAAGCCUUGAGACCCGCACCUGCGUGGGAAGAUGCUGGCACUGUAUGCUGUAUUGCAUCCCCAUCCCUGCUCCCAUCCCACUGGCAUCUCGUGCCCUCGCAGCCUCGGCUGAGCAGUGGGUCCUAUACCCCAUCGGCUGGGAUUAAAGCUGGCAGCGUGGCUCAGCCUGGCUGUGUUUGCCUUGUCCCACUGCCAGCCCCGUACGGAACCGUCACCACCGCAUUACCGCGUGGUGCUCCGUGGGGACGGCUGUACCCGCCUGUGGGAUGAGUCCUUGUGCCUCCCGGGCCUUUCGGCACCCACCGGUCCCACAGAGUUGGGGAGGUGCUCGGGGGGUCCCGCAGUCCUCUCGUGUCGCGAUGCCGUCGCGCAGCUCCCGGUUCGGCCACGCGAGGGAGCCCGUGCCCGCGGCUCCGGGAGCAGGGAGCGCUCAGCCCCGGGCGUACAGCAACCAUCCGCAGCGCCGUGCUCGGGGGUUCUGCAGAGCCAAGGGAGGAGACGCAGGACGAGCUGGGGUCUCCGUGGACGGGCCCCGCUGCACUCUGCCUCUCUGAGCCCUGCGUUCCCUUUUUUACUGCCCCAAAAGCAACCGCCGGUCCAGCGCCUGGCAGGGAGCGUAGCUGGAGGCACCCUGUCCCCAUUGUCCUCGCACUGGGGGCACAGCACGAGGACGGACACAGGAUCCCGAUCCCAGGGAGGAGAAACGGAGGGGAUGGCCACAGAUUUGUGCUGGAUGGGGAGCAGGCAGCACUGUGCCCCGGCCCCUAUGUGUGCUUCAACCCUGCACAGCACCCCCGAGCACAGCUGUAACCCCCACUCCAAUGGGGACAGAAUCCUCUGCCUCAGCUCCUGCUCUGUCAUCCCCUUCCCCCCUCCAACGGGCAGCCCUGCAUAAAGCCCCGCAGUGUGACACUGAAAAAACACAGCACCAGCUCCAAUCACAGAGUUUAUUUGUGGGCUCACCUCCACCUGCAAACCAAAGCGUUCAGCGCUUGCCCCGCAGGGCCGGGGAGCUGGGGUAGGAGAACACCCCACUCACACCCCACUCUCUCAAGUGCUCCAUCAGCAGAGGAGCCCGGCCCCAGCCCUCUGCAGAGCAUGGCACCGCACAUAAAUACAGACAUACAGAUAA